UUCCGUCCCUAUGUAGAAUCGAAUAGAAGGCAAGUUAGAUACCAGGAGAGAGUAGAGAAUGAUCUAUAUAAGUAUACAUAAGCAUCAGUCUGAGUACUCCAACAAGACAAUCAAUCCAACGCUUCUCUCUCUCUCUCCCACACUUAUACUCAAUCCAACAAUCAUCCAGCACGAUGAGCAGCCCAGAACCACUGCGGAUCGCUGUCCUCGUCAACACGCCCCCUAAUACCGACUUCUGGAAUGAUGUCAGGGACUCAUAUCAUGCUGCCUUUGAAGCCGCUGCACCCGACUCCCAGAUCGACAUGUACGACCCAGUCUUCCAGGGCAGCUUCCCUAACCCCCAAGAAUACGACCUGAUCGUCCUGAGUGGAGGCAAAGCGGAUGCCUCGUCGUCUGAGCCCUGGGUCCUGGGUGUAUUAGAAUUCCUACGCAAAACAGCGCGGGAGUCCCCUAAGACCAAGAUCCUAGGGAUCUGCUGGGGCCACCAGGCUAUUUCGAGGGCAUUUGGUGGAGAGGUACAGGCCGUGCCCACGGGACCGAUUGCUGGCCUUGAAGACGUAAAAUUGACAGAAGCCGGGAAGAAAUUCUUCGCUUGUGCCGCAGACAUUCACUCUUAUAAAUUGCCAGAGUUCCAUGUACGAGAGGUGGCAAAGCCCGGAUUGGGCUUUGUUCACUUGGCUGAGAACCAUGAAAUGUUCGUGAAUCAAGAGAAUACGGUCUUGUCGUUCCAAGCACAUCCAGAGGUCCCGGCCGCGCUCGCCAAGAAAUUGUUGUUGGAAGAGGACGAUGUUUACAAUGGAAAUCUCUCUCAGGAGGAACUAGAGGAUCAUCUGAAGAAGCUCGAUCAGCCAACUGAUGGCGCCAAGGUGCUAAAACGGGUCAUUGAGUGGGUGAGGGAGUGAGGCACUGUUGCAAUGUCUGGAGAUAGAAUAGCUGCUGUUCGGGAAGAUAUGUCACAUAAUAUUAUCUUAGGUUCAGUUGCAGAGAUGUACAAAAGCGAGUAUCUUUUGUACAAAAGGGUCCCUUAUCGCGAGUCUAUGAUCAUAGAGGCAGUACAUCAUGAGAAAACAUCAUCCAGUGAUGGGAUAUACAAGCCUUGUUCCUAUUAGCGAGCAACCAAGCAGCCGGAAUGUCCAAUCGGAGAUAGAUUGAAAGCUAAACCUAUUAAUUAGUCAAUCCUGACACAUAGAUUGAAGAUUUCCAUAGGUUUAUAUAUAGAAUGGGAGACCUCAUUUCAGGUUUUCGACCGAUCAGGCGCCCGUCUUUUAUUCGACG